CCACUCUGUCUCAGCACCUCAACCUUCAAAGCAAAUAAAACCUGAAUUAUUCAUACAAAACAAUGAAAACCCACUUUUUUCCCCUGGUUUUUCUCCUCAUUUUUUCCUUAGCCCAAGGUCUGAACCCCAAAUGUGACAUCCAAGACCAUGGCUCAAACCUGCAAGUGUUCCAUGUUUACAGUCCAUGCUCACCCUUCAAACCCUCAAAACCACUCUCAUGGGAAGAGGAUGUGCUGCAAACGCUAGCUAAGGACCAAGCCAGGGUGCAGUUUUUGUCCAGCCUGGUGGCUAAGAAAUCUGUGGUGCCUAUAGCUUCAGGCAGGCAGAUUGUGCAAAGCCCAACUUACAUUGUGAAGGCCAAUAUUGGAACCCCACCUCAGCCCAUGCUUAUGGCCAUGGAUACAAGCAGUGAUGCUGCUUGGGUGCCUUGCACUGGCUGCAUUGGCUGCUCUUCUACUGCUUUUGACUUUGCUAAAUCCACCACUUUCAAGACCCUUGGCUGCCAAGCUGCUCAAUGCAAGCAGGUACCAAACCCCACUUGCGGCGGAAGCGCGUGCGAAUUCAACAUGACCUACGGUGGCUCAACCAUAGCCGGUAACCUUUCACAGGACACCAUAACCUUAGCCACCGACCCAAUCCCAAACUACACUUUCGGUUGCCUCCAAAAGACAGCAGGCAGCUCAGUGCCACCACAAGGUGUAUUGGGCUUGGGCCGGGGCCCAUUAUCCCUCCUUUCCCAAUCCCAAAAUUUGUACCAAUCAACAUUUUCAUAUUGCUUGCCUAGCAUUAGGUCACCUAACUUUUCUGGGUCAUUGAGACUUGGACCAAGUGGGCAACCCGUGAGGAUCAAAUACACCCCGUUGCUUAAGAACCCUAGGAGGCCCUCACUUUAUUACGUCAAUUUGAUUGGAAUUAGGGUUGGAAGAAGGAUUGUUGAUAUCCCACCAAGUGCCAUUGCUUUCAAUCCUUCCACUGGUGCUGGCACCAUUAUUGAUUCUGGUACCGUCUUCACCCGGCUAGUUGAGCCAGCCUAUGUAGCUGUCCGGGACGCAUUCCGGAGACGAGUAAGGGUGGCGAACGUGACAUCUCUGGGUGGGUUCGACACAUGUUACUCGGUCCCAAUCAAUGCACCGACCAUAACAUUUAUGUUUUCGGGCAUGAACGUGACACUGCCACAAGAGAACCUACUGCUCCACAGCACAGCAGGCAGCAUCACAUGUCUUGCGAUGGCAUCGGCACCAGCGCUGAAUGUGAUCGCCAAUAUGCAGCAGCAGAACCAUAGGGUGGUUUUCGAUGUGCCAAAUUCGAGGAUGGGGGUCGCCCGUGAGCGAUGUUCGUAAAAAGUGUGGGGUCUUUUUCUUCUAACUUUUGGGAAACAGUGUUGGUGUUGAUUAAAAGCAGAAUAUAUCUGAUUAAUAAUGAAAGUCAAAUUUUUGUAGUUAUAUAUUACUUUGUACUGGAGGCUGGUCCUAGUCACGGGCUUUGCCUUACUUUUAUUAUGUCUUGUUUUUAGGUUUUAAUAUCCAAAUUUUCGAAUUCUGUUUCUAUUAUUAUAAUCGUGCUUUAACACAAUCAUAAUUUUGGUUCAAUCAUGUUAUAAAAAAUUAGUUUUGUAUUUA